CUUGAACUCGGUGGAUGAAGCGCGAGUCACUCGUUUACAACCCUUGUCAUCUCUUUUCAGCUCCAUACUUCAGCAGAGACACAAUCGGAAUAGAUUUUAAGCGAGAUGGCAGAUGCAGCAGAGCUUUUGAGCCCCGGCAUUCUAAUUGAUAUCGUCGACGAUGAAUGGACGAGGGAAACCCUACCCAAAGAUGAUGUUCCUCUCCCAUCCGGAAUGGCCCCUCGAAUUGAUGAUGCUGGGGAUUCAACAGGUAUAAUGGGAAAUUUGAGGAAGUUUUUAUACCAAAAGAGAGCUUGUCAUCCUCUAAAUAUCCAUUCUUCAGGACCAACUUUGUGGCAUCAACUGCUGGUGUAAUUUCUUCUCCAAACA